AUGGAGAUGGUAUCUUCGACGUCCAUCUUCCGACUUCGACAUCCAACUUCCGACCUCGACAGGCUUCUCUAUAAUGGUCAGCACAGCAGCACACUUCUCUUCAUCGUCCCCAUUCCCUAUGCCACCUUUUCCGCCUUGGAGAAUAUGGCAUGGAGAUCCUUUCCGACCCUCAAGAAGCUGCGAUCUAUCGUCUUCGUGCAUGGGUUGACCGGCAGUCGCCGAAGUACAUGGACGUAUCAUCCCGGCGUUCCAGACGAGGAGUGCUUUUGGCCCAGGGACAUUCUCCCGCACUCCCAAGACGUCCAGCGCAUCAACCAUAUAUCUGCCUCUACGUGUGGCAUCUUGUUCAUGGGAACGCCGCAUCAAGGCGCGCCUUCAGCUGAUAUGGCAAGCAUCUUCGGUGAUCUUGGGAGGAAGGGAACACACCUGGAGGACAUCCGAAAAAGAUUCGACCUGUACUUGGCUGAGCGUGAGCAAGCCUCGAGUUCCAUCCACGUCGCGUGUUGUUUCGAGCAGAAUGCCGACGUGGCCCUGCGAGACAAAGUUGUUCCCGACGAGUCGGCGAUCUUAGACAGAUACACGCAAAUUGCAAUUCAUGCCGAUCACAAAGGCAUGACGAAGUUUGGACAUCGGAACGACAACGAUUAUCAAAGAGUUCUGCAAGAACUCAAGGAAUGGGUCAAAGACACCACCGUGAAGUCUGGUGCCGAAAGUCCUAAGGCAAGUCCAAUUCAUUGGUCUUGA